CUCGCGUUCACCGCCGCCGGUCUCCGCCCGCGCACCUCCCCUACAUAUACUGCGCGCUUUCCUCUCCCUGUUCUCAGUUCGCCAUGCCCGUCAACCGCCAGCUUGUCGUCUUUGACUUUGACUGGUCCCUCGCGGACCAGGAUUCGGAUCGCUGGAUCUUCGAAGUCCUCGCGCCGGACCUCCGUCGCAAGAUGCGCCAGGACAAGGAUACGGUACAAUGGACCGACUCCGUUGCGGCAUCCUUGCGUGAAGCCCACAAGCGCGGUAUCACGCGCGAACAGAUUGAGCAGGCGCUCAUUAGCAUGCCCUUCCACCCCGCUAUGAUACGCGCUGUCAAGGAUCUUAAGGCUCAGGGAAAGACUACUUUCCUCUGCCUGUCUAACGCAAACGAGGUCUUCAUCAAGACUAUCCUCAAGAGCAAAGGCCUUGAGGAUCUCUUCGACGAGAUCAUCACCAACCGCGCCGAGUGGGACGAGAGCGGCCUUCUAAAGCUCCGCCGACGCGUCGACCCCAAUGGCCCCCAGCAUUCCUGCAAGGUCGGCUGCAGCCCGAACAUGUGCAAGGGCGAAGAACUCGAGGCAUUCCUGGAGCGCCACCCUCCUCCGUUUGACCGUAUUGUCUACAUUGGCGACGGCUCGAACGAUUUUUGCCCCAUCCUCCGUCUCCGCCCUCAAGACCGCUGCCUGUGUCGGUCCUUCCGAGGGUUGCAAAAGCGCAUCCUUAAGGAGGGCGAGCAGGCGGAUCUGAAGUGCGAGAUCAAGUACUGGGGCGGUGCAUGGGAGGUAGAGGAGCUUUUCAAGGAGCUUGACUAGAUUUGAACACCAUGAAUCUAUCGAACGCGUUAUGCAAGAGCGGAGGUCAUGAAUCGUUGCGCCUGAGAUGUGGAAUGUAGCGUAGUGGGUAUGUAGAGUAGUCAGAUGUGUUGUAUAGUAGUGCAUGGACCGUCGUCGAAACCUUCGGGGACUUUUGCUGUCGUUAAAACAAGACCGUCACACCGC